CUUGGCCUCCCAAAGUGCUGAGAUUAUAGGCUGUGAGUGAGUCACUGUGCCUGGCCAAGGCUGACUUUGAAGAUGGAGGAGGUUACGUGCAGAUGCCCUCCAGGAAUUAAGAGCAGGUCCUGCCUGAUAGCCGACAAGGACCCAGACAAGGACCCCAUCUCACAACUUCAGGGAGAUGAACCUGCCACGAGCAUGUGAGCAUGAAAGAGGACUCAGGGCUUCAGGUGGUGAAGGUGUUUAUUGUCCUGACACCACAGUUUCUGUCCCGUGACAAGGACCAGCUGACCAAGGAGUUGCAGCAGCAUGUAAAGUCAGUGACAGUCUCAUGCAAGUCCCCAAGGAAGGUGGAGUUUAUCCUGGAGCUGCUGAAAACCGUCACUGGAAAGAUUAAACAACGUGAACUUCGGAAAGGGAGCUUGGUCAGAUGUAAUCAGCAGUGAACUCAGAACCCACUGUGCACCUUGAGCAAAUCCCUGACCACUUCAGUCUCCCCACUAGGGCGGGGUGAUGAUGGGACAUUGAGAGAAUUGAUUUGGAAAAGUAUCAGGAGUGCCACAAUUCCAAUGUUUUUCUUUUCUUUUUCUUCUUCUUUUUUUUUUUUUAGACAGAGUUUCAUUCUUGUUGCCUAAGCUGGACUGCAGUGGCGUGAUCUUGGCUC